UCUGUAAUUUGCACAUGUUACAACUAAUACACUUUUCAGCAUAAGCAUGCAAAAGGAUUUUUUUUUUUUUAUUAAACACAUUUUAGAGGAGAAGGCUGAUAAUAAGUUAACUUGUUGAGAGCCAGCUCGGGUGUGGUUUCAUUAUUUGCAUAUGAGGAACACCAAUGUCAACUAAUAGACACCUGAGCAAGUCACACAGAGGAAGUCCGGUUUUACUGAAGGGAAACUCAUUUGUUUGGGUAUUCAUAUUUGGGUUGACAAUGUGGUGCCAUGAUGAAGAGGAACCCAUGGACACAUCAGAGACCCCGUUGUUUUGGUAUUACCUGGCGGACUGUGGGAGGUGGCACAGAUUUGAGGACGACCCCGACAGCCCCCUUAAAAGUGAGGAUAUUGAAAAAUCUUUUGCGAGAAACUCGAAGGGGGUGUUGAGCAUAUCUUCAUCCAAAUGUCACAUCAAGAUAGAUUUCUCAGCAUCGCUACGGACUGAUUCCAUCGGAGGGAAAACAAGUGUCCAACGCGGGUACAACAUUGAGAGAAGCUGCUCCUGUUUCAGCGCUGCUCCUGUUUUGUGGGAAAAGGUUGACCCCGCUUGUCCUUACCAGUUAAUCCCUCUGAAUGAGCUCAGCAUCGAGUAUCAGAAUGUGGCCCACUAUGUGAAGACUGAGGGUCUGCUGGACAGAUCCACUGUAUCAAUCAGUAGGAUACAGAAUAUGGAUCUAUGGGAAAUGUACUGUCGGAAAAAUAAGCAGUUGAUGAGAAUCCACGGCAAAAUGCAGGAGAAAAGACUCUUUCAUGGGACCGAAAUCAGAAAUGUUCACAGCAUUUGCACUCAUAACUUUGAUUUAGGGUUAUCUAGAGUGGGAACGUAUGGCAGAGGAAUAUAUUUUGCAAAACAUGCAACAUACGCGGACCGCUACGCCAACAGGAGCACAGAUCCAUUGCCCUUUUAUGACGGGGAGGAGCGAGGUUUAGAGGGUCAACGUACUAAAGUCAUAUUUUUGGCUCGGGUAAUCAUCGGAAAAUCAACUGUUGGACACCCGCUUUUCCGAAAACCUGACGGUGGCAGUUCAAUAAACUCUUACAACAGCUGUGUGGAUGAUAGCUCAAAUCCAAAGAUUUUUGUGAUUUUUGAUCCAAAUCAAAUCUAUCCAGAGUAUUUGAUCCAGUACAAAUGACGUGAAACAAAGAUCUUGAUCAGGUGCAAUGUCCACCUUAAAGUAAAGAUUGAAUUUUGUCACAUCUGUUUAGAACCAUAACGCUUAUCUCAACAUUGAACAGCUUUCUAUUUGAUCUUAAAAUGAAGAAGCUUCAUAAAUAAAUGUAUUUUUCAGAACCAAACAAAA